CUGAAGACCGACUACAAGAAUCCUAUAGACCAGUGUAAUACCCUGAAUCCUACAGUUGAGAAGGUCAAAAAGAUUAAAAGAGUCAAAAUUGCAUUAAAGCUUGUGCUUCCGGAGUACCUCAUCCACGCCUUCUUCUGCGUCAUGUUUCUCUGUGCGGCAGAGUGGCUUACGCUGGGUCUCAAUAUGCCCCUCUUGGCGUAUCAUAUUUGGAGGUAUAUGAGCAGACCGGUGAUGAGCGGCCCAGGACUCUAUGACCCCACCACCAUCAUGAAUGCAGAUAUUCUAGCAUAUUGUCAGAAAGAAGGAUGGUGCAAAUUAGCUUUUUAUCUCCUAGCCUUUUUUUACUACCUAUACGGCAUGAUCUAUGUCCUGGUGAGCUCGUAGGCAGACGCACAGAAGAGCUGGUUCAGUUAAGUGCAUGCAGAAGCCACCGUGCGAGAGGAUUCUAACCCAGAGGAUCCUUUUUCCAAGAGGAGCCGAUGGAAUCUGAUCAGUUACUUUAAAAAAAAAAAAGACUCCUUAUUUUUUAAAUGUUUCCACAUUUUUUGCUUGUGGAAAGACUGUUUUCAUAUGUUAUACUUGGAUAAAGCAUUUAAAUGGAAUUGCGUAUCAAAUAACAUAAACUGAUUACCUCUGGUGUCGACAGGUGUGAACUUGCACUCAUUAAGGAACAGCCGUGCUCCUCGGAAUGAUUGUGUUGGUUUCUGACUGCACUUAGUCUACGGGAAGCUUUCGUUUGUAGGAACCUGUAGGACGCCUUUGGUUUUAUUGAAAUGCCAUCUGAUUAUCAGUGAGCUGUAGACAUCAAGUGCUUCUGACGAGCUGAACAUGUGUUUGACCACUGGGAAACUUUAUGUUUCCUCGUCUAUCAUGUAGAUGAUUAUACAUGGAUACUUUUACAAAACAAGAGUGGGGUUGUUUUUCCACCUUCCUCCUUGAGUAUUAUCUCCGUAUAUUGCAUGAAUGAGAGAUUGCCCAUACUUUCAUCAGAGUAAAUACUUGCUUUAAUUCUUAAGCAUAAGUGAAUGAUAUUAAAAAAUAUGUACACUAAUUGUGAAGGAUGCAUUUAAAGUUAUUUUAAAUGUGGUAUUAUUUGCAAGACAUUACUGACUAAGAGAUUGGUUGUCAUUACUGUAAUCUGGUGGCAGAAGCACCCUUAAGGAUUUGCAAGUACUGUAGCUUCUCCAAACGACUGAGAGAGAACAUUGUAUAGCCGGCCUGCUGUUCCUUUAGUGCAAUACAAUAAAAGUCUGAAAUGAA